CUUGGUUCUUCUUGUAGGUUUUAAGCAGGGUUUUAAGGCGGCUAUUUCCCCCAUUGCCCUCUUUCAAUUUUGCACCAAAUUCUCUUCAUUCAAUGUUCCCAUUUCAAUUCCUACAUAUUUGUUCCUCAUAAUUCUGUUCACUUCACUUCACAAUCAAAAAAAAUGUGGAGACACUUAGCCAAGAGAGCUGCUUUAUCAAAGAACCUCAACAAUUUAUCUUCAGAUUCUGCCAUUCUCAAUCAAGAAAUCAAAUUUCUCCAAAAAAUCAGACACCCAGAUGCUCAAACACCUCAUUCAUAUCCGGGCCGUCGCGGAAUUAGCUUAUUUUCAUCUCAAAAUGGUAGCUUUAUCAGACCCAGUUCAGCUUUUUUAACAAACCCUAUAGGGUUUUCUAGUUUUGAUUACAAGGAAUUCGCAACUGCAGCUGCGCAAGUUGCGGUUUCGACGGAUGAUUCAGAUUUAUCAGGAGUUGAUGAAUUGCAAGAAAAGAUUGAGGAAAUUAAUAAGCAAAUGGAGGUGCAUUUUAGUACAAAAAGGCAACAGCAACGACAACAGCCGAAGAAGAUGAUAGCGGGUAUGGGCGUUGGCAAAUACGCCAUUCUUAAAAGGCGGCAAAUUAAGCUGGAGACGAAGGCGUGGGAAGAUGCAGCUAAAGAGUAUCAAGAGUUGUUAGCUGACAUGUGUGAGCAGAAGUUGGCUCCGAAUUUGCCUUAUGUGAAGUCUUUGUUUUUGGGGUGGUUUGAGCCUUUGAAAGAUGCGAUUGUUAAAGAGCAGGAGUUGAGUAGGGAGAAGAAUUGUAAGAUGUCUCAUGGGCCGUAUUUUGAUGGUUUGCCGGCGGAUAUGAUGGCUGUUAUUACUAUGCAUAAGAUGAUGGGAUUGUUGAUGACAACCAAUGGUGGGAAUGGAAGUGUUCGGGUUGUUCAGGCUGCUUGCGCUGUUGGUGAGGCGAUUGAGAACGAGGCUAGGAUACACGAUUUCUUGGAGAAGACAAAGAAGAAGAAGAAGAACAUAAAAAAUGAGGAACCUGAAGGUGAACCAGAUACUGGCUCCAAUGGAGAAGCAUUACUUCCUAAGGAACAGGAGAAACUGAGGAAAAGAGUCACUGAACUCAUGAAAAAGCAAAAGGUUCAUCAAGUAAGGGGUUUGGUUAAGGCCCACGAUAAUUCUAAGCCUUGGGGUCAGGAAGCACAUGUUAAGGUUGGCUGCCGUUUGAUUCAAUUGUUACUUGAAACAGCCUAUAUACAAUCUCCAGUCAGUCAACUGGGAGAUGGUUUACCUGAUAUUCGUCCUGCAUUUAUGCACACCCUAAAAAAUGUCAUGAAAGAUACACAGAAAACCAGCCGUAGAUAUGGUGUUAUCGAAUGUGACCCACUAGUUCGUAAAGGCCUUGAAAAAUCGGCCAGGCACAUGGUCAUCCCUUAUAUGCCAAUGCUGGUGCCUCCUUUGAACUGGACAGGGUAUGAUCAAGGUGCAUAUUUUUUUUUGCCGUCCUAUGUUAUGCGAACCCAUGGAGCAAAACAACUACGUGAAACAGUUCGAAGGACUCCAAAGAAACAAUUAGAACCUGUUUUUGAGGCCCUGGAUACGCUAGGAAAUACAAAAUGGAGGAUAAAUAAGAAGGUACUUGCAGUAAUUGACAGGAUAUGGGCAAAUGGAGGCCGUCUUGCUGGCUUGAUUGACCGUGAGGAUGAACCUUUACCCGAAGAACCAGAAACAGAGGAUGAAGCCGAAAUUCGAAAAUGGAAGUGGAAAAUGAAAAAUGUGAAAAAAGAGAAUAGCGAGAGACAUUCCCAGCGGUGUGAUAUAGAACUUAAACUUGCUGUUGCUAGGAAGAUGAAGGAUGAAGAUGGCUUCUACUACCCUCAUAACCUUGAUUUUCGUGGUCGUGCUUACCCCAUGCAUCCACAUUUAAAUCAUCUUGGCUCUGACCUAUGUCGUGGCAUUCUGGAGUUUUCAGAAGGGCGCCCUCUCGGGGAGUCUGGCUUCCGCUGGCUGAAGAUACAUUUGGCAAAUGUAUUUGGUGGUGGUGUAGAUAAGCUAUCCUAUGAGGGCAGGGUAGCAUUUGCUGAGAAUCAUCUGGAUGAUAUUUUUGAUUCUGCAGAUCGGCCUUUAGAAGGAAGCCGCUGGUGGUUGGGUGCAGAGGAUCCUUUUCAAUGCUUGGCAACAUGUAUUAAUAUUGCAGAAGCAUUUAGAAGCUCCUCUCCGGAGACUACUAUUUCACAUAUGCCCAUCCACCAGGAUGGUUCCUGUAAUGGCUUGCAACACUAUGCUGCCCUUGGAAGGGACAAGUUGGGAGCUGCUGCAGUUAAUCUUGUUAGGGGAGAGAAACCUGCAGAUGUAUAUUCAGGAAUAGCUACCAGGGUUCUUGAUAUAAUGAGGGAAGAUGCAGAAAAGGAUCCCGAAACUAGUCCAUCUGCAUUGCACGCUAAGCUUCUAAUCGAUCAGGUAGACAGGAAAUUGGUGAAGCAGACAGUGAUGACAUCAGUUUAUGGCGUUACUUAUAUUGGUGCUCGUGAUCAAAUAAAAAGGAGGCUAAAAGAACGUGGUACCAUUGCAGAUGAUCCAGCUUUAUAUGCUGCAUCUUGCUAUGCUGCCAAAACCACCUUGAUGGCUUUAGAAGAGAUGUUUGAAGGUGCAAGAAGUAUCAUGGCCUGGCUCGGUGAAUGUGCAAAGGUAAUAGCUUCAGAGAAUCAAACUGUGCGAUGGACCACUCCUCUUGGACUUCCUGUUGUACAGCCUUAUAAACAGUUGGGAAGGCAUCUGAUUAAGACAUCUCUUCAGAUGUUGGCACUGCAAAAGGAAACGGACAAGGUAAUGGUUAAGAGGCAAAGAACAGCAUUUCCUCCAAACUUUGUUCACUCCCUUGAUGGUUCUCAUAUGAUGAUGACUGCCGUUGCCUGCAAACAUGCAGGUCUAAACUUUGCAGGAGUCCAUGAUUCAUAUUGGACGCAUGCAAGUGAUGUUGACAAAAUGAAUGAGAUUCUUCGAGAAAAAUUUGUUGAACUCUACGAGGCAGCCAUACUAGAAGAUUUGUUAGAAAGCUUUCAAAAGUCAUUCCCAAAGUUGAAGUUUCCUCCCUUACCGGAUCGAGGAGAUUUUGAUCUCAAAGAUGUUCUGGAUUCUCCCUAUUUCUUCAACUAAUCUGAGCCAAAGCCUAAUCUUGUUUCCUGCAAUAUUAUCAUCACGUGGCAUGCAAUCAGAAAGCGAUGGCAGUUAUGUCCAAUCCCGGAGCAUGCAUUCGUGAAGGUGACAAGUAUCAGCAACUAAUUAAGGGAGAAACAGCUGGGAGUAAAGACUCAAGGGGGCACCCAAUGGGUGUCCGAGUCCAACAAGUUCUUCUGUACAUAAUUGAAACAAAAAGGGAAUGGAUAUAAUCAGCACCAGGAGAUGCCCCUUAGAAUCCUGGUUCUCUACUUCAAAGAUUUAAUUAUUCUUCGGAUUCGUUCAGGAAAUAAGAGGAAUAAAGGUCGUGCCACAUGCAGUAUGGCCUCGAUGAGCAGCUCGAGUUACUACCUUCCUAAUCGAGUUGUUCUGAAUUGCCUUUGUGCAAAAGUGCAUCAAAGCUUCAGCAGCAAUAAGGCAUUAUUUUAUUGAAGAUGUGAUUCGAAUGGAACUAAGAAGCUUUUACAGGCAUACCGUACUUCUCAUGAUGCUGACUGCUACAGGUUUUUAUAGAUUUGAAAAUAGUGACGACGAUAAUGACAAUAUUGUCAUAGAGAUUGAUAGACAAUUCUUUUAAUAAUAUUGAUUAGUAUUUUUCUUUUACAGUCACUUGUAUCUUUUCUUGCUCUAAUUCGAAGCAAGUUGUCUAAUUUAUAGAAAUAAAUAAAUUAUAUAGGCACCAUUUUUUUCAA